AGACUUAAACAGCUGAUGGUCCCAAUAUAAACCGACAACUCUUUGGCCAAGAAAAUAUACGUUCUUGGACAAUAGCUGCCCAGUGUUAUUCCCUUGCUGGACUAGCGCGUUUCCAGAAACACACACCAACUGCUCCAUUCCUCACGGGAUUAUCCUGACAACCCAUACCAAUUCCGCUAAAAUCUCUACUAUCUCCCAAAAAGAUCGCAUCUUUUCGCUUAAACAGCAGUCUUCUCCACAAAACCCCCGAGAAAGAUUUUCUUUUUAUUGCCUGCUUCUAGAACGCAUCCAGAAUUCGUGGACUCCUCCCCGACCCAGCUCAUACGCUAAGUCCCAGUACAAAGCCCACGGAAUUUCCCCAAUUCCAAUUCAUUUUUUCUGCUUUCAUUCGCCUCCGUUGUUGAAUUGAAUCCAGCUCACCGGAUUCCAGUUCACCAAUUUUUCUGCUAGUAGGCAGCGGCCAUGGGCAACUGCUGCGGCACGCCGGCGACGCAGGGCGAUGGCAAGAACCGGCGGAAGCAGCGGAAGGCGAACCCGUACAACGUCACGUACAACCGCGGGGCGGCGCCUCCGCCGGCGCGGCCGGGGCUGGUGGUGCUGCGAGACCCGACGGGGCGGAACCUGGGCGCGCGGUACGAGCUCGGCGGCGAGCUGGGGCGCGGCGAGUUCGGCAUCACGUACCUGUGCACGGAACCGACCACGGGGGCGCGGUACGCGUGCAAGUCGAUAUCCAAGCAGAAGCUGCGAACGCCCGUCGACGUGGAGGACGUGCGCCGGGAGGUGGACAUCAUGCGCCACAUGCCGCCGCACCCCAACAUUGUCAGCCUCCGCGCCGCGUACGAGGACGAGGACGCCGUGCACCUCGUCAUGGAGCUCUGCGAGGGAGGGGAGCUCUUCGACAGGAUCGUCGCGCGGGGCCACUACACCGAGCGUGCCGCCGCCGCCGUCACACGCACCAUCGUGGAGGUGGUCCAGAUGUGCCACAUGCAUGGUGUCAUUCACCGGGACCUUAAACCGGAGAACUUCUUAUAUGCAAACAAGAAGGACAGUUCCCCUCUGAAGGCGAUUGAUUUUGGGCUGUCCGUGUUCUUCAGGCCUGGUGAGCGGUUUACUGAAAUUGUAGGCAGUCCCUACUACAUGGCUCCAGAGGUUUUAAAGCGAAACUAUGGUCCUGAAGUUGAUGUUUGGAGUGCAGGAGUGAUACUUUACAUACUUCUUUGUGGUGUGCCACCAUUUUGGGCAGAAACUGAACAGGGAGUAGCACAGGCAAUUAUACGCUCUGUUGUUAAUUUCAGAAGAGAUCCAUGGCCCAGAGUAUCUGAGCCUGCUAAAGAUCUUGUCAAGCGGAUGCUGGACCCAAAUCCAAACACACGGCUUACUGCAGCACAAGUACUUGAACAUCCAUGGCUACAUGACUCCAAAAAGAUGCCAGACAUUCCUCUUGGUGACACUGUCCGAGCCAAACUGCAGCAAUUUGCUGCAAUGAACAAGUUAAAGAAAAAAUCCCUAAGGGUGAUUGCUGAGCAUCUAUCUGUAGAGGAAGUAGCUGACAUAAAGCAAAUGUUUGAUGAAAUGGAUGUGAACAAGAAUGGCAAGUUAACCUUUGAGGAAUUCAAGGCUGGCCUCCGUAAACUUGGAAACCAGAUGCCUGAUUCAGACAUUAGGAUAUUGAUGGAUGCUGCUGAUGUUGAUAAAAAUGGGACACUAGACUAUGGAGAAUUUGUUGCUGUGUCUAUCCAUGUGAGAAAAAUAGGCAAUGAUGAACAUAUCCAGAAGGCUUUCUCAUACUUCGACCAAAAUAAGAGCGGGUACAUAGAAAUUGAAGAGCUUAGAGAGGCUUUGGCUGAUGAAUUGGAGGGAAAUGAUGACGACAUUAUCAAUGGCAUCAUCCGUGAUGUGGACACAGAUAAGGAUGGGAAGAUAAGCUUUGACGAGUUUGCGGCCAUGAUGAAAGCUGGCACUGACUGGAGGAAAGCGUCUAGGCAGUACUCGAGGCAAAGGUUCAACAACCUCAGCCUGAAGCUUCAAAAGGACGGGUCCAUCGGUGCUGAAACACGGUAGACUCAUAAACAGAGAGGAGAAAAGGUCAUGUUGAUACCAUGUUUUGCUGUGCUCGGUUGGAUCAUCAGAUUCUUUGAUCCUCUGCUCUUUCAAAUGUUCAGGUGCCAUUCAGUAAGUAGUUGAUGGGUUUGUAAAGAUAGUGUUUGUGUUUGUACCACAUGUUACAGUUUGAGCAGCGUGGUCAAAGGGCGGGGGACGACCACUUGUAAGUAAAAUUUGUUGGUGAGUGAGUUUGUGUAAUGUAAUGUUGUUAGAAAAUAAGGUAUUUUUAGUUUAAUUUAAUCCAUAUAUAAUCCAUGAGAAAAACUGAUAAAUUGAUAUGUUU